AUGGGAAUGAGGUUGGAGUCUGCAGAAGUUCAGGAGAUUCUAAAACAGUUUGUUAUUAGCGACGAUGAUUUGCACGUCAUUAGCUGUAAGAUAGAAGCAGAAAUGAAAGCUGGUCUUGCCAGUGUAGACGGGUCUUCAAUAGCCAUGUUGCCCUCCUACGUACCAGCGUUGCCUGAUGGAUCUGAGGAAGGCAAGUACGUGGCGAUCGAUCUUUCCGGUAAAAAUUUACGUAUAAUGUUACUCACUCUCAAUGGUACUGGACGUGAACCUGCUGCUGUUAACAACAAUUAUAUUGUACCUAAUCAUGUGAUGAAAGGCACUGGUGAUCAACUAUUCACAUUUAUUGUCAACUGUCUGCAACGUUUCCUGCAAGAGUUUGGUCUAGUCGAAGCCAACCUACCCAUCGGUUUUGUUUUUUCCUAUCCAUGUGAGCUUCUAUCUAUUCGUUCCGCUCGACUGCUGUGGUGGACAAAGGGAUUUGAUAUCAAGGACUGCCUAAGGAAGGAUGUUGUCCAACUGCUGGAGGAGGCUUUGGAAAUGAACAUGGCAAUUGGGCAGCUUGCGGCAGCUGGUCACAAAUAUGGCCCUGAAUGCACGAUCGGUGUUGUUAUAGGUUAUGGUACAGUCUCCAUUGAAGGGUGCAAUUCGUCCUAUUUGGAGAAAACCUCCCGCAUCACAAAAUUCGACGCUAAAGCUAAAGGAUACAAGCACCCCAAUAUGGUAGUCGUUACCGAAUGGGAGGAGUUUUGGCUCGGCAAA